CUUCCUCUCUUCCUCUUCUCCCAUCCUCCGCGGGCUGUUUUCUCCCCUUCCAUUCCUCCCUUCCAACACCCACUUGUUGACCUUUCGCGUCACUUCUUCUUUAUUUCUCGGUACCUCUCAUCGUCUCACGCUUCGAGAGAACCGAAAUCCGACCUUCCGAGACUCCCCACCACGUGCGAAUCGCGUCGUUCGGUCCCCCAUUUUUUCAAGGGAUCGACACUUUCGCCAGCAACGCCGUUUGAAUUGAACUCUCUCUUCCUUGCCUGUUGAUCUACCCGAGAGUGAAGGGUGGAAUUACGCAAGGGAAGAGUUCCUGUGCAUCCGACUUGCACUAACAGCAGUGACUGCACGAGCCUGCCGCUCAACCUUUCACAGCUUGGUACACGACGUUCACAGGGCAGUGCCUUUGCGUCCUCGGUGGAAAAAUUUCCUUCGCACCGACUUUCACAUCUUCAUUUCUUGACAACCGCGGGUUCGCAAGCCACAGCUGUUUGAGAUCUUCGUUUCACACAGUCGACGCUUCGUCAAUCAAUGCGAUUUGUGAUCUAGACGAUCCAUACGACCGAUACCCGUUCGAUUGCAUUUUUUUGCGCCGACACACAUACGCUGGUUUCUUGUAUUGUCGCAGGAAAUCCUCCUUCUCGCAUACACUGGGAGCCUCUCUGAAAGACGGGAAGCUACAGUUCAGUGGAUUCACGAGAACGUGGGAUACUUUUUUGAUCCCCACUUCUGCAGGAGCCAUCUCGCCCCAAUAGGCGCAGACAGUUCUCCAGAGUCGCCAAAGGAGGUCCGGGAAAAACAACCCGCAUUCUCAAACGGACUCGUUUUUUUUACCGAUCGUCACUACCAGAGCUUCAAUAAGCUCUCAAUUCGACAUGUCUACCUUUUCGUACGCACAAGCCGCCAAGGGCGCAUCCGGGACACCGACCCCAUCCAAGACGCCAUCAGAGCCGGAGAAGAUCGACUCCAAACCGGAGGAACAACCAACCGAGACCACAACGGAGACCGCACCGGCCCCCGCUGAAUCCGAGGCCCCUCAAACAUCUGAGAAGGUCGCUGUGGAGGAGACCAAGGACGACGAUUUCACCACCGUCACCAACAAGCAUGCUGCUAAGAAGGCCGUCGCCUCCCGCACAUCAAGUCCAAGCGUUCGCACCACUUCCAAGUCCCGAAAGUCAAAGGAGGACGACUCUUCAAAUACCCCGAAUGGCACCGCAGAGGCCACUUCGGAGAAGCAGGCUUCCACCGAGGGAAAGACCGAUGCUGUUGCUGAGAAGUCAAACGAGAAGUCCGAGGAGUCCACGAAGGACGCCGGUCCUCCCAAGGAGCUGAAGGCUGCUCCUCUCCCCUCAAUCAACAUCUGGCAACAGCGCAGAGAGGCGCAAGACGCCAAGGUCAAGACUGCUCCCAAGUCCGCUGCUACUGGCAAGGCCAACUCCACCAAGGGUGCUUCCGAUGAGACCCAGCAGGAUUCCAAGGCUUCCAAGAAGAAGGGCGCUGAAAGCGCACCGGAAGGUACAAAGGACCGCAAGAAGACCGAGGGCGGAAAGGGACGCGAUGCUGGAUCGGUCCCCCCAGUUGAGGAUUCCACCGCAUGGCCCACUCCCCAGGUCGCGAUUGGCGAAGAGAAGAAGAAGGCCCAAGAGAAGACCGACAAGAGCCCCGUGAUCCGACCCCAUGGAAAGGAGAAGUGGACUCCCGUUCCUUACGUACCUACUGCUGUUUUCAACACCCCUCUGCCCUCUGCUGGCGGCGGCCGUGGAGGCCGACGUGCCACUCGUGGCGGCCGUGAUUCUGGCCGUGGAACUCAUGGCAACGGUGCUCCUGCUACUGAGAAGGCUGCCUCUGGACAGGCUGCCCAAGGCUCUAAACAGGCCAUCGGAGAGCGCGGAAGAAACGAGGCUACUGGACGUGCUGCGUCCCUCCCUGCUCAGUCAAGACGUUCCACCAGCACCGAGGCUGGUGCCGCUGCUGAUGCACGCAAGGCUUCCCAAGCCCCUGAGCGCAGCCGUGGAGCCCGUAACGGCGAGGAUACUGCCAACAAGCCGGUCAACGGAGAGAACGCUCCCCGCUCCCAGCGCGAGGGCAAGCCUUUCGGAAAGAACCAAGAAGCUCGCAAUGGCAAGGGUGGAAACCUGGCUGUCGACUCGCAGGCUGCAGCCCGCACCAAUGACCGUCGAUUUGAUGCCGGCUCGAAGUCUGCUGACCCCAAUGGCUUCGCCGACUUCAACCGCGGUGAAUUCCGUGGAGAACGUGGAGGCCGUGGAGGCAACCGUGGCCGUGGUGGCUACUCCAACUUCGGUGGCCAGAACGCUCAGUUCACUAGUGCGUCUAUGUCCAACAACUUUGCUUCGGCCAAGUCCUUCGGUUUCAACGACCGACAGCGGUCACAACAGCACGGUCUUCCCAAUGGCUCUCAGCAGAACUCCCGCAUGCCUUUGAGAUCGCCCUCGCUGCCCAACGGAAAUGUCUACGGUGUCUACCCCUUCCCUAGCGAUAUCAACACAAUGUACGGCUACCAGGCUGUGAACCCUGGCCCCAUGAGCGCUGUGCCCUACCAGCAGUAUAUGGAGCCCUUCUCGCUCAUGUCUAUGCUGUCCAUGCAGUUGGAGUACUACUUCUCGGUUGACAACAUGUGCAAGGACAUGUUCCUUCGCAAGCAGAUGGACUCUCAGGGCUUUGUUCCUUUGAACGUCCUUGCCAGCUUCAAGCGUGUUAAGUCCCUGACUGAGGACUUCGAACUUAUUCGUCACGUGGCUCGUCAGCUCCGUAAUGUUGAGUACCAGACCGGUGAAGACAAUGUCGACCGUCUGCGUCCCAGAGAUAAGUGGCAGCAGUGGGUUCUCCCCGUCGACCAGCGUGAACCUGCCGCUCAACACGAUGGUACUCCCGCCGCCAAGACCGAUGAGAACACCCCUGUGCACAGCGCCAUCAACGGCUCUGCUCGUCAGUUCGUUCCCAACGGAGUUGCCAAUGCCUCGAAGACAUCGCUUUCGUCUACCGCCCCAGAAUUCAUGCCUUCAUUGCCUCACACCGCAGUGAAUGAAAUUGCCAAUGUAGGAUACCCUGUGGACCCUUACCUUUCGCAAGAUGCGGACUCGACUUGGUCGACUGUAUCCUCGUCUUCGCAAUGCCCCGUGGAUUAUUCAUUUGUUGACCCUUAUUCAGCGCGCGGAUUAGAAUCGCAUUCCGAAUCCCCUUCCCACUUUGACUUGGAGAUGAUGGCGGGCCCAGUGAGGUCUGACACGAAUUGCUCUCGACACCAAGUUGGCGGUGCUACUCGUUCAGACUACAAGCGUUUCAAGAGCUCGAGGUACAAAAAGUCAAAGAGGAUGGGUCGUCCGUCCACAGAAACGUCCAAUUAUGUCCCCCAACUUCCCACCCUGUUUAGUGAUGAACCUUUCGAUGGUCGAGGCCGAUCAGUGGCCCGAGAAAAUACCCCUGGAGCCACCCUGCCUUACUCUGACUGGUCUCGGAGCUUGACAAGCAAUUUCCAAUCGCACCUGUACAAUGAAUUUAGGCGUUCAGCCCUUGAUGAUUUUUUUACACGACACGUUGACACUGGAUUCAAGGCUCUCAUGAACUUCUAUCGGGACUGUCUGUUUGCCCACUGUAUCCAUCCCACUGUGAUGCUCGACAUGAUCAAACUUUCGAAGGAUACAUCUCACGGUUAUUCCACAAUUGCUUUUGAUAUGAUUCAUGACGCCAUCGCCAGUGGGAAAAUGUGGCUGCACAACCAGAAAAAUGUCGACAAACAAUUCAAUACCCUGCACGGCAAAUUGCCCCGAGAAAAGUUACAACGUUGA